ACCAAUUUUCUUGAUCUGAGAUUAUUUAAAUGGGAUGAUCUUUUGGCAUAGGAACAACUGUAGGCUUCAAAAAGGUGCCGAUCUCUGUUCCUGCAAUUCCUUAGAUUUUAUCAACAUCAUUACUGAUAGUUUUAGCCCAACGCGUUUGAUUAAUGAUGCAAUCUGUGAAAAAAGUGUGUAUCGCGCAAUCCUGGGAAAUGGAAAGGAUGCAGCAAUAGAAAAGGUUUACAACCAGCAGCCACUACAAGAAUUUCUUCAACAGGUUUCAAUACUAUCUGACCUGAAGCAUGAAAAUGUGGUUGAGCUACUCGGCUACUGUGUGCACGGUGAUAAACGCUUCUUGGCUUAUGAAUUCUCUCACCAAUCCUCCCUUUUUGACAUUCUUCAUUGUUGUACAAGUGGUAGGGGCUUGUCAUGGGCGCGAAAAGUUAAAAUAGCCGUAGGGGCUGCAAAAGGACUAGAAUUCAUUCACAAGAGAGGACAGGUUCAUUGCAACAUCCAGUCCAACAACAUCUUACUUUUCAAUGACAGUAGUGUUGCUAAAAUAGCUGGUUUUGAUCUAUCUAUUCUACCCAUUGAUGUCGAGGCAUGUUCUCACGAGACUAUAGUGCCUUUCUCUGCUUUCCUCAAACGAGUUUAUUCCUCCCCAGAAUAUGUGUUGAAUGGGCAGCUCAGUAGCAAGACCGACGUUUACAGCUUUGGCGUGGUCAUCCUUGAACUGCUAACUGGCCGUAAACCAUGGGAUAUGCAGUGGCUUAUGGCGUGGGCAAAGCACAAGGACCCUGUUGUUGCUAGGCUCAAGGGAAACAACCUUCCCUUUGCGGGAGCUGCAAAGAUGGUCGAAGUUGCAGCGUUGUGUUUAAGAGAAGAAGCUGAUGAUCGCCCUAGCAUGAGUGGUGUAGUACAAGCUCUCCAGCCUCUGUUGGAGUAGCUUAUAUUGCAGUUCUAACGGCGGACUGAAGUUGUGUGUGGUGUGAGAGAGAUAAAGAAAAUAGAGAAAUAAUAGUCUUGUGUAGAUAAAGAAUGUGUAGGAUUAAUUAAUUAGUGAGCCAAUUGUGUGUUUUUGAGAAUGCAUACAUUUCAUUGGUGUUUGAUUUGACACACAUUGGUAGUUUCAGCAGGUGAAGAAGCUCAAAAACAUCUAAAUGGAGUAGUUUUCUUUGUUAUUAAAUUCAUAGAUAGAACUUAGUAGUCAUUUGAUUGUCCCCGGGAUUGUUGGCCGACUUUUUGAUG